GAAUGCAGCAUCAGCCCUCUGGUGGACGCAUGUGUAAACAUUUCAUAAGAAGUCAUGGCCGCCCCGUUGGUUAGGAUUCUCUCAAGGUCCUUUCGGCAGGUCUCCAGGCCGUGGGGGGCAUGCCAGGCUGGAUGGAGGAGCAGCUCCAGCAGAUCUGCUCCAGAUGUGGCUGCAGACCAGGCAUCUGGGGGGGUCUCCUUCCCUCCUCUUCAGACAUACUCAGAGGAGGAGAGCAUGAUGAGGGAAGCAGUGAAAAAAUAUGCACAAGAGUGCAUCGCUCCACACGUGUCAAAGAUGGAUGAGAAUUCUGCCAUGGACGAGGAAGUGCUCAAAUCCCUCUUCGAACAGGGCCUCAUGGGUAUUGAGAUUGAUCCCGAGUAUGGCGGCACUGGCUCCUCGUUCUUCUCGUCCAUUCUGGUCAUCGAAGAGCUGGCGAAGGUGGAUCCCUCCGUGGCUGUUCUCUGUGACAUCCAGAACACGCUGAUCAACACGCUCUUCGCCAAACUUGGCACCGCGGCUCAGAAGGAGCGGUACCUCAGCCGACUGGCAACCGACAUGAUCGGAAGCUUCUGCCUCUCGGAAGCAGAGUCGGGGAGUGAUGCUUUCGGCCUGAAGACGCGCGCUGAAAAACACAAGGACUAUUAUGUAAUCAACGGAUCCAAGAUGUGGAUCAGCAACGCCGAGCACGCGGGCGUUUUCCUGGUGAUGGCCAAUGUGGAUCCUUCCGCUGGAUACAGAGGCAUUACCUGCUUCAUUGUGGACCGGGACACCGAAGGGCUUGAGAUCUGCAAGAAAGAGAACAAGCUCGGUCUCCGCGCGUCCUCCACCUGCCCACUCAACCUGGAUAAUGUCAAGGUACCCGAGAAGAACAUUUUAGGAGAAAUCGGCCAUGGUUACAAGUACGCCAUUGGAAUGUUGAAUGAGGGCAGGAUUGGAAUUGCAGCACAGAUGGUUGGACUGGCACAGGGCUGCUUCGAUCACACCAUUCCUUACACAAGGCAGAGAGUGCAGUUUGGAAAGCGUAUCUUUGACUUCCAGGGCAUGCAGCAUCAAAUAGCCCACGUGGCGACGCAGAUCGAAGCCGCUCGGCUGCUCACGUACAACGCCGCUCGGCUGAAGGAGGCAGGGAGGCCUUUCAUUAAGGAGGCAUGCAUGGCGAAAUACUUCAGUGCAGAGGUUGCGACCCUAACCACGUCUAAAUGCAUCGAGUGGAUGGGAGGAGUAGGCUUCACCAAAGACUACCCCGUAGAGAAAUACUACAGAGACUGUAAAAUCGGUACCAUUUAUGAGGGCACGACAAAUAUCCAGCUAACCACUAUGGCCAAGUUCAUUGAUAAGGAAUAUGAUUAUUGAGCCCAUAUGACCACAGACUGAAAGCACCAUUCUGACACUCCAAUUAAUCGGUGUAGACUUCUUGUUUCUAGACCUUUUUUGGAACUUCCUGUUAAGUAGCUGUUACUGAUGAUGUGGUGUAAUGAUGUUUUUACUUUAUUUUCUGCUUUUUGUUUCUACUGAGGAGUAUUAGAGCUUCUGUAAAAAAAAAAAAAAAUAAUAAUAAUAAUAAUUCUGGUGUUAAACUUUAAUUUUGAGCAAAAGAAGAAGUCGUAAGUCUGACUUUAAACCUAAAUACUGAAUGAAAGUGAUUAUUCUGCAAGAUUUUUUUUAAAAAAAGCUAUUUGGAUAUUUGGAUAUGUUAAUGAUAUAAUCAUGGAUUUAUUUUAUUUUUUUUUACAGUGGCGCUAAUCCUCUUGAGGUAGUUUUCCGUUACAAACACAGUGUUAAUCACCUGACAAAACACUAGACUUGACACUAAACCUUCACCACCUCCUCCUUAUUUGUCAUCUUCUUAUUGAGACAUCGGGAUCAGAUGUGCAGAAACGAUAACACACCUGAUCCCUAUGUUUCAAUAAGACCGUCACCGUGAAAAUGAUCGAUUUUCCCUCCAAUAUUUCAGUGCCUUCUAAAUACUGAGAUCAAGUGUGUUGUAUCUGCAGGAUGCUCUGUAGCAGCUGGAUUGUAACAGUUCACUUAUAUGCUCCACACAUACUGUACAGUGAGACAUUUUACGUCAUAGCAAAUUACCUGUAAAGAACGAUCUAUCUGUAGUAUUAAAUGUGAAAUAUUCUGCCGUG